CUGCUCUUUCUCUCUACCUCUCUUUCUCGCUGGUUAACACAAGGUUUAGCAAAGCUGUGUACGAAAUACUGCUUGGAUCCUGAUUGUUUAUGAUGUGUGUCUGCGAAGACCCUGUCUGCCAUACUGCUGAAGAGUAAUCCGCUUACAAGGGUGGGAACGCCAACUUGUUCGACCAGCUGCUGGUUGUGGAGGUUUCCGGGCUUGGAUGAAAGCCAGGCAGCAUUAAAAGGCCACACCCUCUGUCUGCGCAGCCAUGCCGCCUCCUGCAGAUAUCUUGAAGGUGGCCAUCGAGUGGCCGGGAUCUUUUCCCAAACUAAUGGAGAUUGACCAGAAAAAGCCUCUCUCAGCCAUCAUUAAAGAAGUCUGUGAGGGGUGGAACUUGCCUGGUCCUGAAAACUAUGCUUUACAGAAUGCAGACGCUACUAACUUCUAUAUCACCGAAAAGAAUCGCAACAACAUCAAAAACGGAUCCAUUCUACGGCUUAUUACAUCUGCUGCCCAGAUGGCCCUGCAGCUGCACGAACGCAUCCAGUCGUCCAGCAUGGACAUAAAGCUGGACGGUCUGAAGGACCUGGCCAAUUCUUCACGGGACAUCACCUUCGCUCAGGAGUUCAUCAACCUAGAUGGCAUCUCACUUCUCACGCAGAUGGUGGAGAGCGGUACUGAACGGUAUCAGAAACUACAGAAGAUAAUGAAGCCCUGCUUUGGUGACCUGCUCUCCUUCACAUUGACGGCCUUUGUGGAGCUCAUGGACCAUGGCAUUGUCUCCUGGGACACCUUUUCUGUGGCUUUCAUCAAGAAGAUCGCCAGUUACGUCUGCAAAUCUGCUAUGGACACUGCUGUGCUCCAGAGGUCUCUGGCCAUCCUGGAGUCUAUGGUGCUUAACAGUCAAGAUCUCUACCAGAAGGUGGCUCAGGAAAUCACUAUUGGACAACUUAUUCCACAUCUGCAAGGGACGGAUCAGGACAUUCAGACGUACACCGUUGCAGUGAUUAAUGCAUUGUUCCUCAAAGCCCCUGAGGAGAAGAGACAGUUUGAUGAGGACAAUGUGAACAUCUUUGAUUGUCCUCUAACAGAGAUGGCUCAUAUUCUAGCACAGAAACAGCUGCGCUCCAUCAUCCUCAGUAAUGUGAUCAGAAGCAACAAACCCAUAAAUGAUGAGAUGGCCCACCAGCUCUACGUGCAUCAAGUCUUGACUUUUAACCUGCUUGAGGACCGAAUGAUGACAAAGAUGGACCCACAAGACCAGGCUCAGAGGGACAUCAUCUUCGAGCUGCGCAGGAUCGCUUUUGAUGUCGAAUGCGAGUCCAACAACAGCGGCAGCAUCGAGAAGCGCAAGUCUAUGUACACCCGAGACUAUAAAAAGCUGGGCUUCAUUAAUCAUGUGAACCCUGCGGUGGAUUUUACUCAGAUUCCUCCCGGGAUGUUGGCUCUUGAUAACAUGCUGUAUUUUGCCAGGCACCAUCAGGAUGCCUAUAUCAGGAUUGUUCUGGAGAACAGCAGUCGUGAAGACAAGCAUGAGUGUCCGUUUGGCCGCAGUAGCAUCGAACUGACAAAGAUGCUGUGUGAGAUUCUCAAAGUGGGAGAACUUCCCAGCGAGAACUGCCAUGACUUCCACCCCAUGUUCUUCACCCACGACCGCUCGUUCGAGGAGUUUUUCUGCAUCUGUAUCCAGCUACUCAACAAAACCUGGAAGGAGAUGAGAGCCACUUCUGAGGACUUCAAUAAGGUGAUGCAGGUGGUAAAAGAGCAGAUCACUCGUGCUCUCACGAUCAAGCCUAACUCUCUGGAUCAGUUCAAGAGUCGUCUGCAAAAUCUGAGCUACACUGAGAUCCUCAAACUGCGUCAGUCGGAGAGGAUGAACCAAGAAGACUUCCAGUCCAGGCCCAUCCUGGAGCUUAGGGAGAAAAUCCAGCCAGAGAUCAUGGAGCUGAUCAAACAACAACGCCUCAAUCGCUUGUGUGAGGGCACCUGCUUCAGGAAGAUCAGCAGCCGCAGGAGACAGGAUAAGUUCUGGUACUGUCGAUUGUCUCCCAAUCAUAAAGUCCUGCACUAUGGUGAUCUGGAGGAGAGCCCUCAGGGAGAAGUACCACACGAUUCCCUGCAGGACAAACUUCCUGUGGCCGAUAUCAAAGCUGUUGUCACUGGUAAAGACUGUCCGCACAUGAAGGAAAAGGGAGCUCUGAAGCAGAACAAGGAGGUCCUGGAGCUGGCUUUCUCUGUCCUCUACGAGUCUGAUGAGUAUCUAAACUUCAUUGCCCCUGACAAGCAUGAGUACUGCGUGUGGACAGAUGGGCUGAACGCACUGCUGGGGAAAGAGAUGACCAGUGAGUUCACUCGCUCGGACAUGGACACUCUCCUCAACAUGGAGAUGAAGCUCCGCCUCCUAGACUUGGAGAACAUCCAGAUCCCUGAAGUUCCUCCCCCUAUACCCAAAGAGCCAAGCAAUUAUGACUUUGUGUAUGACUGUAACUAAUCCGCUUCACUGGACGGACUUUUUUCUUAAAUGCAUACUGGAAGACAAACAAGAACCGCUUAGGAAAAAGGACAACUUUUACUUGGCUCACUAACGCGCAUCACCGCAACGGAUUUCCUGAACUUAAUGGACUUGGCUUGCAAGGCCUUUAUGAACCAUCUGGUCUGGUCUUAACCAGACUGGUCCUCAGGUCUUAAACCAACGUAGUCCUGUCACAGCCAUUUUUUCAAACUGGGUUGCAUUCUAACAUCUCACUUGCUCUGGCUUAAAUUGCUGUAUGUCAAAAGAAAUGUGUCAUUUCAUUCCAGGCUGUUCGGCAUGUGAUGCUCCCUGUUGAGAGUCUAGGGUAGCCAAUCCUGCUGCCAGCGAUCUACCGUCUUGCAGAGUUUAUUACAGUGUGAAUGGAUGUACACCUGCCUAUCAAUUUCAAGUGAAUUGCACUUUUCUGCAGGAAGGUACAUCGCCCGGAGCAAAGUUGGACAUCGCUAGCACUCCAACAAGAGGCAGCUUACUAACAUCAAGAAGAAGAUAAACCUAAUGUUAGCGUAGUCCAAGUUUGUUCUCGAUGAUUUCUCCAAGUAUCCCAUUCAUGUCUCAUAUACUGUAGACUGUUAAAUAGGCAACUUCAUUCAGGAGGUUGUCUUUUUAUGUCUUAAACCUGCUUUGUGCAUACAUCCGAUUAUCCGACUAUAACGCAGGCGUGUAGAUACAGCUCGUUCCCUGACUUGACUCCUGGCAGACUGCUGUAACAUUCCAAAGCAAUAUUUAGCUUCUGUUUUUGUAAGCUGGUAUAGUAUCAACUUUUGUGAUAUUUGUGAUUGCUGCCAAGUAGUCAGUAUUAUACAUUUUGUGGAAUUUUUAUUUUUCCGGGCCUUGGAAUUCAUUUGAAUUUUUAUUAAUUUAAUUUAAGGGUAUUGUUGUUAUUAUUAUAAUUGAUUUAUUUUUCCCCUCAGAUGUUUGUUAUAGGUUUAAGAACGCAACAUCCUGCUGUUUACAUUAAAGAUUGAGUCCUCAA